GCGGCACCGAGGGACACACCCGUCCCUGCAGAGUCCGGCGGCGCCUCAGGGGUUUCCCCCGGCCGGCCUGUCCCCUCCCGGCUGCGGAAGGAACAGCAGGGGCGGGCCUUCUUACCCCUAGGCUGUACUUGCGGUCGGUAGCGGGGCAGCGGGCAUUGGCCUUCCAGUGGCAGGCCGGGAAGGGCUUUCCAGACGGGCGCCUCAGGCUCUGUCAGGCCGGCGGGGCAGCUGCAGCAGGCCUGGCUGCGCCUGGAUCUGGCCCUCUUGUGCAAGUGUAUGUCUGAUAUCGUUGCCUGCACAAAUGUCACAGUUAAUUGGGGAAAAAAAUCCAAUAUUGUAAAGAAGUCUGUCACUUAGUAACAUGUGUGGAAGGAGAGGAGUCAGUGUGAAGCCAAGCCCUGGAUAUUUGAUGGAAACGGGGAAGUGUGCAGGAGGUGGGAGGCUAGCUUAAGCUGUGUUGCAGUUUAUUGUUAGUGUUUUAGUAAGUAAGAUCCCUUUAACAGGCAGGGAUCUGUCAGGCAAAGAGAACAUUUCAAACUCCAUGAUUUUCUACACAAAGAUGAGCUGGAAUGCCCUUGUCAAUCAGCCACAUAUUUUUGUUUGUUUGUUUUGGUCUGACCACUAUGCAGGCUGUAAGAUUUCUUUUUCUUCACUUAGAUAUUUAUUCAGUAUAAAUAAAUGUUGCAUUGCAGCUUUCGGCAGAGACAGCUGGAGACUGUAGGAAGAUACAUGCCAGAGUGAGUCUCAAUCCCCUGACACACCUGUAAGAGGUAGAACACUGUAUGGCAAAGCAGCACUUGCCACAGGCACACCACCGGGUUCCUCUGGCAAGACUCUUCAGCAGCUUGCGGGGAAGAGUUUUAUCCCAGUCAGACAACUGUGCCUCAAAGUAUCAGGUUUUGUGUAAGGCUAAGACAUCUAUCCAGAAGUUGGAGCAAACCUUGUGUUCUUUGCUGAAGAUGAAAGAGAGCUACAGUCUGGAGGAUGGGAACCCAUCCAGCUUGGAGGAAAUCAGGGAGGAAUAUGUCAAGAGGCAAUUCAGCAAUCACAGCAUUACAUCAGCCUCAGAAGACGUGAGUGAAAGUGACUCUGCCAUCUGGUAUUUGAUUCAAGAAUGUGAAAAACAAACACUGGAAGAAGAUGGGAAGCCAGAACUGAUCCAGUUUUCAGACUCUUCUUCCCCAGAUCUAGUGGAAUUUGAACGAUACCUGUAUUUUUAUAAGCAUACAAUGGACCUACUGAUAGAGCAUGGAAUUGUUUGCACUGGAGAAGUGCCUCUUCCUGAGGUCUCCACAGCUAUUUCCCAUUUCUGGCAAGAGCUUUCUGAAGAAAGCAGGGACAGCAUCUUGCAGUACUGUAGUCAGAGAGAUUUCCUCGUGGAUUCCAAGGCUUCUGGCCAAGAGCCUGCAUGCACUGAAGGGAGCGUGAGGGACAGCGGAGGUAACAGUGAGGAAGCCAGUGGUUCCUCAGUCUCCACACCAGAGGAAGUAAUGUUUGAAGAUGCAUUUGAUGUUGCUGCUGGUUUCCUUGACAGAAGCAAGACUCAGGGAAUGUCUAGCCAGAGAGGUGUGAUGGCAGAACUUUGUAAAAUCCCAGGAAGAAUACAGAGUUCAGCAAUUGCAAGCUGCAAUUCUGAUAAUCCAGAGGAUCACCACAGACUCUAUCUGCUGGUCACUGGCUUCCUAAAACGCCUCUUCUUUGCUAAUACACAGUUUUUCCAGAAAUUUGGAUCCAUCUCAAAGCAAACAGAUUGAGACAGUUAUGACAGUGGUUGCAGAGCAGGGAUAGAAGAUGUUCCAGCUAGCUUGAAACACACCAACUCAGGCAGCAGCAGAGAGAUCAGUAUAGGCUACUCACCUUGCCCCAGAAUUUGGGCCACUCAGAGCAUCAGAGACUCCUGGACUUAACAGGGAAAGGAACCCGUCCUGCUUACCUUAUGGGUAUGACUGAACCCCUGCAGACCAUUCCCCUUCCCUUGAAAUGGUACCUGUGCUGGCGCUAUGCUAGCCCAGGAGUUUGGACAGUGCUGGGAUACAUUAUCUCAAGGUUAAAGUCCCGCUACACUGUGCACACACCUUGUAGAAGAUACAGGGGUGGGUAGCAGGUACAGUAAGUACUAAAGUAAGGUGUGUGAUGUGCAUCCGACUGAAAUACAAAAGGCAGCCUAUGGUCUCCUUUCCUUUCAUCUGCAGAGCUGAUGAGGUGAUGGGUUUUAUUGCUGGUCAUUCAUGCCAGUGCUAUGUUAUGCCAUUUCUAGUAAACUUUACAGGUACAAAGUACUGCUGUUGGAUUGUGUAUGGUCACUGUUUUGUAGCCACAGAGCUACUGAGCACAGCUCCUCUUGAGCUGCUGCUCUGGCUCUCAAGGCUGCCAAGGGCAUGCACCCCACUGGUAUAAAAAACUUCAGAAGGACUUGCACAAGAUAAGGGAGGCAAUAAUUUGGACAAGGAAAGGGAGAGCUCUUAAAAGGGUGGUGAUGCAAAAAUAAGAACAGGAGCAUGCUUCCGUGGUACAUGAUAGAGAAAUAUUUCUGAACUUGAGAUUAGUUAAGCAAUCUUGUCAUUUUUCAAGAGCUGUUGUCUUAAGGUCACAUCAUAAGAGAAGCUUAGCAGCAAAGGCGGUAAAGAAUUAAUUUAGACUGAGGUCCAAAGGUUUUGCCUAAAUGAAAGUCAGUGGGUUUUUUUCUAAAUAGUACUGAGCACCUUUGUGUCUUCAAAGGAACACUUUCUUUUAAAAUUAUGGAUUUUAGAUGAGUCACUUGACAAGCAAGUGGGAUUUAGUGCUCCUUAAGCUAUACAUUUUUAAACAGCACCUAUUUUUAAAAGCAGUCUUUCCCUAAAGAGUCCUGCAUCAAUACAGAAGAUGGACUAGAGGGACUGCAAGCAUGAACACUUUCAUCUUCCAGACUUUGAUUUCUCAAGAGCCGCUUAUUCUCUGUAAGCUGGUGAAAGAGAAGACCACUUCCUUCUGUUGCUAAAAGUGGAGCAAAGCCUGAAGUAGGUAGAAGUUAAGGCCUCAAGAAGCUCUCAUAUCUUCAGAGCCUGUUGUGUGACACACUUGCUAUCACAAUCAGUAACAGCUGUCUAAAUGACAGAGAGUGGAGCCUGGUGAUUUCAAAAGGAAAUUGGUUGAAAAUCUGAGCCAUUCUUCAUCAGGCAUCUCAGGCACUUGACAAGUGCUGGUUGCUGAUUCAGAGAGGAGGGAGGGCUCACAGUACAGUAGCUGACACAUCAGCUCUUAACCAAACCACUGUAUAUUUGAAACACAAUCAACUCCACUGGUUUUUAAUCCUGCUUGACUUGGGGGGGGCUUUCAGGAAGAAGAUCUUCCAUACGAUUAUGAGACUGUGAUGCUGAGGUGCACUGAGACCUUCGAUGAUGAAGAUUUCUAAACAGUACCUCUCUUUGCUAAUGUUUUGCCAAGCAGUGCCAGGUACACCAGGCACGUGAAGAGGCUUCACCUCCUUCAGUGAAGCACUUCUCUGAGCAGUGCGUGGAGACACUGUGUUGAAGUGGUUUGUUACCAUUGACUUCUCCUUCCCUCAUUAGUACUUCUUGAUAUAUCAGUUGAGUAAUUUAUACUUUUUAAAAGUCUUAAAGGUUUUAGCUAUUUAUUAUAUCUUAAUAAAUGUUUUUAUCCAUCACUAUUUAAUGUUAAAUCUCGCCUCACAAAUAAACUGAGGCAUGUACAGUUAAGUGACCUUGCCUAGCAUAACCUGUGGAAGAGCAGCAGAGAGGCCACAUCAGUGGCAGCCUGCACACUACCAUAGGAUGCAAGUCUCAAACUGCAACCUGUAAAAAUCACCACCCUGACAGUGAUUACUUUUCUGGUGCUGUUUUUUAGCUUGGGCUGACAAGGAAAGAUGGAUUUCCUCACAAAGAGUGGGAUGAGGCUCUUCUGUCUCUUUAUGAGGACAGCAGCAGUGGGCACCCACUCCCAAAUCACCCAGAAAAGUGCAGGCACAAUAAUACACUUUGGAUUAUUUACUUUUGAAAAGUGUGUAAAGCUGAGUGAUCAGCCCUGUGCUCUUCUUCCAUAUCUAAUUCUUUGAUGAGUAGUGCUGCUCAAAUAGUGUCUUAGAAUUAAUGUGCUGUGAAAAUGAAUAAAAUCCUUCACAUCUCAGA